CCUGACUUUUCCACCUCCUCCCACCCAGCUAAACCGGCCCCCCCCAACUCGCGACGCGGAUGGGACGGCGGAGGACCCAGCGAGCAUGCGCGACCAUCCCGAGCAUGCUCAGUAGCGCGCGCGGCGCCCCGGAGCUUCGGCCCAGAGCUGCGGCCGACGCGGAGGUUUCGGCGGCUUCUGCGGCCGUGACGGGAAGUGAGGUGGUCCGGCUGGGCGACCGCGGCGGCAGAAACAGAGGCGGAAGGGUCGCUGCGGCGACGACGUCGUCGACCCGGGUGACCGAGGGGGCUGAGCGCCGAGGGCACUCGCCCGCUCGGAAGCCGGAUCCCGAGCCGGGCAGGAUGGAUCAUCACCAGCCGGGGACUGGCCGCUACCAGGUGCUUCACAAUGAAGAGGAUAAUUCAGAAUCAUCUGCUGUAGAGCAGCCGUCAACUUCAAACCCAACACCACAGAAUGUGCAGGCCGCUCCUUCAGCAUCUGGACUUGAGACUGACUCUUCUCCUCCACCUUACAGCAGUAUUACUGUGGAAGUACCUACAACUUCAGAUACAGACGUUUACAGUGAGUUUUAUCCUGUGCCACCUCCUUACAGUGUUGCUACCUCUCUUCCUACGUAUGAUGAAGCUGAGAAGGCCAAAGCGGCUGCAAUGGCAGCUGCAGCAGCAGAAACAUCUCAAAGAAUUCAAGAGGAAGAGUGUCCAACAAGAGAUGACUUCAGUGAUGCAGACCAGCUCAGAGUGGGUAAUGAUGGGAUUUUCAUGCUGGCGUUUUUCAUGGCAUUUAUCUUCAACUGGCUUGGAUUUUGUUUAUCCUUCUGUAUCACCAAUACCAUAGCGGGAAGGUAUGGCGCCAUCUGUGGAUUUGGCCUUUCCUUGAUCAAAUGGAUCCUUAUUGUCAGGUUUUCUGAUUAUUUUACUGGAUAUUUCAAUGGACAGUAUUGGCUUUGGUGGAUAUUUCUUGUACUUGGCCUGCUUCUUUUCUUCAGAGGAUUUGUUAAUUAUCUAAAAGUCAGAAACAUGUCUGAAAGCAUGGCAGCUGCUCAUAGAACAAGAUAUUUCUUCUUAUUAUAGAGACUGCAUCGACCAGACAUUCCUUUCUUAUAUCAAUGUGAAAUUUCCAGAUCGUCUGUAAACCUGCAACUUUAAUAAGAUAGAAGACUACUAAAAACAGAAGACAAAUUAGUGAAGAAAAGGUAGAGCUUCAAAACUGAAUGGCAGAGUGGUUUAUGCUUAAAAGCCGUUUCUGUUCAUUCUCUUAAAUAUUUAUAUUUCAUUUGUUUUGCACAGUUGCAUAUGUGCCCAUUUAAAAGAUUUGGGUAUACUUGAAAGAAACCGUAAAGUUGUAGCAGUAAAGUGCAGGCACAUUUGAUUAAUCAGUGUUUGAUAUAAUUGAAAGAGUUGAGUGAUAAACAGUCUUCCAGCAUGUAAAUGCCAUUGACUUCUGACCUGACAUUUAAUGUAAUAAAAUGAAAUUAUUAACCAUG